GAAACUGCACACGGCCCUCUAACACAAUUAAAAUCGCCACAGGCGAAACAAACUUAAGAGCAUGUACCGUCACACCUCUAAAACAAUUUUUUUUACUGUCCUAAAGUAUACUACAACUGUGCCACAAUUGGUGCUUUGGGCCAGUAAGUCACAACCAUUCCCCUAAGCCACUCCACUAUAGCUAGCUCGCAGUUCAAGUGUCCUCUAGCCCUGCCCUGUUUAUAUCUUGUGUCAGGACACGAUAUAAAUCCUGUGACAGGACACAAAAUAUAAACACUAGGGAAGGGCUAGAUAACACUCGAGUCUCGAGCUACUCAGGUAGUUAGCUCAAUGGGGGAUGGGGCGGCGAGCAAAAACCCUCUUCACUGAUGAGUAGAAAAAGAGUUCACUUUCUAAAACCCAGUUAUGUUUUUCUCUUUCACCCCCUCUCUCUUUUAUAUAUAUUUUUUAUUUAACCGACUUUUCGUAUUGACUUACGUUGUGGUCUCUUUAAAUCUACAGGGUCAUUUCAGGUCUCAAAACUGGGUCAGUUGUGACACGCUCCAUCAGCCUCGUUCUGAUUUACACAUAUCCCAUGAUGCAUGUCAUAAACAUGGAGUUCACAGGUAGAAAACAUUCACGUUUUAUGUUGUUGUCGUUGAAUAAUUUCGUGUUUCUUCAUUAAAACUACGAUGUCUGAAAAAAUACCAGGUGGGAGGCAGAGAGCGGCGUCGGAAGGCGACCCGUUGGACGACAGAGACGAUGAUCGUGGUAUGUACUGCGGUCAUUCUUUGAAGUGGUCGCACAAGCAGGUGAGUCGAAGUGCGAUGUUGACAACAAGUGGCACGCCGAAUGCUCAAAGCGAUCAUAGACAGACGGGCGAGUAUGACGAUGAAGACGAUGUCAGUGAUUUUAAUGACCGACGGGUCAUUGGACCGUCGGAAAGACGAAGGAAAUCCAGAAAAUCUGGAUCAUUUAGGUCAUUUCGAAAACUCAUGAAUCGGGUAGGCCUAAUGAAAUCACAUUCCAGUUCCGGAUCUUCUAAUUCGAUACCGGAUAGCGAUUCAGACGGUAAACAGUGGUCAAAGAAUCAGCCCAGAGGUCGUGAUUACCCUGAUAAUGAUGGGCACAGAACUGACAGGGAACUGUCAGAAUCCUCCACUAGCAGACCCCUCAUCACCAACCCAUCGUUGUGUGGACCAAGGUGGGAAGAAACACCGGGGACUGUUGGAAUUUAUAAUCAUGGUAAUACAUGUUUCAUGAAUGCAGUAUUACAGUGUUUGGCUCAUACUGACUUGUUCGUGGAAUAUUUCUUUGAAGGGGUGUACAAGGAAGAUUUGCGGAACCACAAAAACACAAACACAAAAGAUACUUCCAAGGGUGAUGUUACCGAACAUCUUGGAAAACUGUUAAAAUGUCUUUGGUCUCACAGGUACAAUUCUGAUAUUUCACUGAAUUUUAAGAAUGUUGUUGGGAAAUAUAAUUCACAGUACAAAGGGAGUGCUCAACAUGAUGCCCAAGAAUUCUUUUUGUGGUUACUGGAUCGCUUGCAUGAAGACUUGAACUGCAAAACGAAAAUGAAGCCACGAUCAUUGAAGAGUCCUACAGUGAAGUCUGAUGAAGAGCUGGCGGAAGAGGCGCUGACUGCGGAUAACAGCAGCUUCAUCUCCCAGUUGUUUCAAGCCCUGCACCGGUCAUCCCUGAUCUGUCCCGACUGCAACAAGCACAGCAAUACGUUCGACACAUACGUGUGCGUGUCGCUGCCUCUGCCACAAAAAUGUCCACGCCCAGUUUUCAUCACGGUGGUCCCUUUAAGGAGGGAGGGACAGUUAAAGAUUGGGCUCAAGAUGAACACCUACGACAUGGUGAAAGAUCUCAGAACGCAGGUGUCGGAAGCUAUGCACAUUCCAUUCUCGAAGUUGGUGCUAUGUCAGAUUUACGAUGACGGGUUUCGCACGACAUACAGAGACGAGCAGCCUCUUUCUGACAUCCAUGACAACGAACCCUUCCUGUAUGCCAUAGAACUGUUUGAGCACAGUAAUCCAUCCACAUCUUCUGACCGCUACGAGACACCGUUCAUCCAGCUGAUCGUGGUGCACACCGAGAAAGUCACCAGUCCUCCGGGCUACUACCGUUUCUGUAGUCCAAUGGUGUUACGAGUGCCGAGAGAUUUCCACUAUCGCCACUUACAGCAGGAAAUACUGUAUGAGAUGGGAAACGCUGUUAAAGAAGAUGUUUUGACAAAGAAAACAAACACAUUGUUCAGGUUACGAAUUGUUGAUGGCUAUCCGAGUCGGCCAGUGUAUUUACAGACUGAUGUGGAGAUGCCUUUCUUCACACAGGCUGUUGAUAGGGCUUUAAGCUAUUCUGAGAGAAAUGGUACGCCUCAUCUUAAGCUAGUGGCUGAAUGGGAGCCUCAUAUUAAAGACUGUAUUGUUAUUGAUGACGAAGACUGCAUCACAGAACACACGUCUGUUCAUAAACAACGGCUGUCGCAGCAGCACGCUGUCUCUACAACUAUAGAUGAGUGCUUCACGAUGUACACACAGAAGGAAGAGUUGAGUGGUGAAGAUGCCUGGCUGUGUUCACAUUGUCAGAAACAACAGCAGGGGACCAUCAAGACACUGGGACUCUGGUCACUGCCAAAUAUUCUAGUGUUGCACCUCAAGAGGUUUAAACAGAUUGGAACAAGACGAAACAAGUUGAACAUGAUGGUAAAGUUUCCCAUAGAGGGUCUCGAAAUGGCCCAUCACAUCAUAAACACAGGCCAUCGCAAUAUCACCAACACUGAUGACAUGACCUAUGACCUGUUUGCCGUGUGUAACCAUUAUGGUAAUAUGAAUGGAGGACAUUACACAGCAUUUUGCAAGAAUCCUAUUGACUGCAUGUGGCACGAGUUUGAUGAUACGCUGGUGAAGGCAGUCAGCGAAUCUCAAGUGAUGACAAAAGCUGCAUAUCUUCUGUUCUACCAGCGUCGAGGUCUCACGAAGCAAACCAACCAGCGACUGCACCUCGGCAACCACUGGGUCUUCCACAUGUUCUCCAACAACAACAACAACAGCAUCAGCAGCAACGGCAGUCCCGUCAGGUCUGGCAGUCAGUCCUGCCCCACCACCCCCACCACCCCCAAAUCUGUCCACUUUGACACCUCCUCCCCAAUGCAGAUCCCUAGAGAGGCCUCCAAUGAAACACGGUCACGAUCCGAGUCAGUCGGGUCGAAUCAGAUGCCUAGCAAGUCUAUCUUGCGACCCCUGACCCCAGAGAGCAGAACCAGUUCUGUCAGUCAUGAGGAAAAGAGCCCAGAGCAGACGGCUACAGCCAGGUGGCAGGAGAGUAAUGGGAAGUCUGGAGUGAAGGGUCAGAGUUUGUUGGCACGGAAACCCUCUAAUGUUCCUGCUCCAUCAUCAAAGAUGGGAGCUUGUGUUGAUGUGCCUCAGAAAAGUACAGAGGAGUCGACCUUCACAGGAAAAAGGUUUUUCGAGGAGGUCAGAAACUCACGAGUGGAUCCUCACAAUGAUAUCAAAUUUGUGGAUAACAAGAAGCAUUUCAGCAUGCCAACUGUAGAACAUGACGUGUACAACCCUGUACCUAUAAUAGAACUCUGGCCCAUUCUGCGACCGGAUUCGACCUUUUCCAGACUGGCUGUUAAACAUUCGUUUGAAGACAGUGGCUCACAGACCAUAGACGUUAGAAACCAGCGUUCAUCAAAAGUGGAGGACAAACGUGAUUUUUAUUCAUUGAGAAAUAAUGAUAUAAAAUCAUCGGAAGUUAUAAGUCAUCGACCAAGGAAAAUUGAGGAAAAUGGGUUAUCAGAUGUCCGAGAGGGACAAUCUGUGGGGGUCAGAGAUAGAAUUAAGCAGAUUGAAAAGACUGAGGAUAAAAGAUCACCACAGAAUAAGCAGUCGGAAGAUUUCAGAGAAAAAAAACUAGACAGUAGAGAGACCAUGAGGAUUAAAAAAUCAAUGGUUUCCAUGUCAGCAAAAAGUGCUAAUGUUUGUGAUCGAGUUAAGAGUCCUGAUACCGAACCAUCAACUAAGAUGUUUCAUGGGCCAGACGUGAAGAAAGAUCCAAAUCCUACAGUUCCCAUUAAUGGGUACAGAAAAAUUUCAACUGGAACAAGAGAGAAGUAUGCCACGAUUGCUAGAUUCCAAAAUGCCCAAAUUGAUGAGUUGAUGAACAUUAGCGAACAAUCCUUAUCCAGAUCAAAAACAGAUGACAACAUAUCAGCAAAAAUUCUCGAAACAUCAAAACGACUUGUUCAACCAAAAGCUGUACUGUCAGCUCAGAACUAUCCGAAAUGCCAUCCAAAGUACAUUCGCCACAAAAACAACGAUAUCGACCAGCGUGAUACUGUGUCAUUGUCUAGUCUCGGCCACCGUAGUCGAAGAAGGCCUCAGUCAGACAAUAUAUCUGUGAAGAGUUUCGGCUACAACAGCUAUGGGAGACGAGACUCCUCGGCAAGUCGAGAUAUGCGAUAUCGUCCACACAUACACAGAGGGAGACAGAGACCGAGUGUUGAGAUCCAGGGUCCGUGUUUGAAAGAAUCCUCAGUAUAGCCUGGCUGGGAAGGCCACCUGUAUUUGUUCAGAAAUCCUUGACUCUUUAUCAGACUUUUGUUUU